UACCGUUGGUUAAUCCAAUCACGUGCAGAGCUUGGAGCUUCCCCGCAAGCUCCGAGCUCCGAAGAAAGCGGUAGAACAGAGCUCCAGACUGCGGACGAUUCUCUUUGUUUUCACAAAAACAUGAAUUCUGGAAGCCUCCAAGCUCUGAGAAAUAUCUCCUAACUUUUCUGUUGUCUCUUAUUACGCUAGGUUUGUCUCUCUUCCUCGGACUACUGUCUGGCUCAACAGUGCCAGAAGAUACACAGACCCCUCAUCAGCAGAAUCACCGCCGCGUCUGUGAUAGUGAUAGUCGCGUGAGACACGAACCGUGAGAUAUGAAUUUCGCAGGGAAGGGCGAUGACGCCCUAGCGAAAUCUGACUGGGCUUCUGCUAUACAGAACUUCACUCGCGCCCUCCUCGAACUACCCCGCGCUCCGACCUAUUACAUCAAACGAUCCACUGCUUACUCGCGUCUCAAGCCUGCGGAUGGAGGUCCAAAGUACGAGGCUGCUCUUGGAGAUGCUGACAUUGCUCUUGUGCUUGCUCGUGAGCGUGGAAAGCGUGAACUGAUCCUGUCUGCCCAGAUGAGGCGUGCUGUUGCGCUGUACCAGCUUGAGAGGUACGGCGAUGCAGCAUAUAUUUUUGGUCUCGUUCAGGACAAGAUCAAUGCGAGCAAGCCGCCACCAAGCAAGGAGAAUGAUGUGAAGGAGGCUAUGGCUCAAGGUGGUCCGGGACGUUCUUCGAAGAACUCAUUUGAGCAGGAGUUGCCGAUCUGGACGAUGAAGGUCAAUGGCAAGCUGAAGAGCUUGGCGGAGGGGGAUGAGAAGAGGGCCGUUACAGUCAAGGAAUAUCCUGAAAAUGUGCACAUCCCUACUGCUGAGGAGAUCAAAAAGAGCUUGGAGGGAAUCGGUGAGGGGACGUCGAAGAGUGCAGUGGAUGACAAGAAGGCAGCCGCAGGAAAAGAGAGAGCUGAAACUCCUGUCGGAGCGGACCGUACCAAAGAGACCCUCCUUGAUCCUGUUCCUGGAUCCUCUGCUCCUUUCACUGCAGGACCGGCUGCUCCAAGCCCUGCUGCGUCGACACCCAUUGUGCCCCAAAGCAAGGUCCGCCAUGAAUGGUAUCAGAGCAACGAUUCCGUGGUCCUCACACUGUACGUGAAGGGUGUGCCGAAAGAUAAAGUGGAGGUCGAGUUUAAGGAUGAUUCGAUAUCUAUCGAAUUCCCACAGCCAUCUGGCGCCCAGUUUACCUUCUCCCUCGACCCUCUCUUCGCGGCGAUUGACCCUUCUGCCUCUAAAUACACUGUCAUGUCCACCAAGAUCGAAGUCGUCCUGCGCAAGAAAGUCGCUGGUCAGAAAUGGAGCGUCCUCGAGGCCACCUCCACUGAGAAGCUCGCUGAUCGCUCCUCUAUCGCAUCUGCCGCACCCAGUACCUCGACCACUGCUUCUAGCUCUACCGCCCAGGGUCCCGCAUACCCGACCUCCUCCCGUCACGGCGUUAAGGACUGGGACAAACUAGCUACCGAUCUCACUUCCAAGAAGAAAGAAAAGUCCAAGGACAAGGAUAACGGCAAAGGCAAAGCCAAAGACGACGCCACUGGCGAUUCUGACGCGGAGUCCAUCGAUUCCGACUACGGUUCCGGCGACCCUGUCGAUGGUUUCUUCAAGAAGCUAUACGCGAACGCGGACCCCGACACCCGUCGUGCGAUGGUGAAGAGCUAUUACGAGAGCCAGGGCACCGCGCUCAGCACGAACUGGUCUGAGGUCGGCAAGGGGAAAGUCGAGCCCAAGCCUCCUACUGAUUAAAUUACAUCAAAUCCAACAACCAACGGAAGUUUGCUUUUUCUUCGAGAUAUCAUGACGUGCCAUGAGACAGCGAGACGAGACGAGAAAAGAUAAUGAGAUGACCUGAAAAGCGAAAUUCCCCACUUUGCAUGCACAUGGAGUAAUGGUAAUGGAGGCUGCUGGUUCUUGCUAUGUCAAGACUAUUUCUUUUUCUUAGCAGCAGCGGGGUUAUUGUGACACGCGUUACUUAUCAGGAAGCUGGCCUAUGGUGCAGAUCCUAAUAUGGAAGUGAGCGUGUUUGAUAUUCGACUUCAAUUUCU